CUUGCCCUCUUGGCAAUCAUAAAGCACUAUAGAGUCGUCGUCGCUGCUAGAUAUCACGGUUUCUCCAGUGGGACUAAAAUCGAAGCAAUUAAUUUUAUCUGAAUUUUCCCGGAAAACCUUCGCCACUCUGAAACUGCGCAACACGUUAUCCGUCAACUUCAUGGUUGACGCUGUAAGUAGGGUGGGAGAGGGGUAUAGAGCUGAAAGUUUUACACCAGAGAACCAGUAAUGUCCAAUUGAGAGUUAUGGAUGGAGGUCACUAUGGAGAUGCAGUCAGUGCUGUCAAUGGAUGAAUGGGUAAGGGGUGGGAGAGGGGGGUCACAGCAAACCCCAAAAAUAUUCUGUCCCAAUGGUUGUAAUACUGAGAGAUCUGAGAAAUUAAAAUGAAUUACUGAUGGUGUGUGAGAGCUCAAGCAAUGUAUUAGGGGGGAGGGAAAACGAGGACUUCCGGGACCCUGGGCCUGGCUGCUUAUUGACCCGGGUAACACGUGCCCCGCACACGGUGUUCGGGUGUCUAAUCACGCAGAUUUCCCGCUGGCUGCGUGGAUCCCCGUCAGUUGUUACUCCGGUAUUUCCGGUAUGUUGUCUCGGUCUCACAGUUCGCGAGCCUCCUCCGCUCUCAUUGUUUCCACCAUGUUGUUUGUGGAGCCGGGGAAUGAGGCAGCACGCCGACGUGACAAAACGUGCGCUGCCAUUGGCUGCUGGCAUAGCCGACGUCUUGCGUUUCCAUCGCGCCAUCUUAGGUGUGGCAGAGAGCGCACAUGUGGAAAGCGCGCGUGUCACGUUCAGAUGUCCGCCAUGUUACGAGUGGCAGCACAGUGAAGCUGUCAGUGCAGGAUCUGGCUGGCACUUACUGAGUAAGCGUGAGUUACCAACACCGUGUGUGUUUGGAUUCUGGGUGGUGUAAUGCGUGUUACAUAAUGUAAACUACCCUCCCUAUUACAGAUUGUGGGUUAAAUUAAACGUGUUAUUGCCAUGUCAUUCCUUAUAUCUCUAGUAAAAAUUUAAAUGUAAAAUCACCUGGAAGAAAAAAAACCAGACCGUGAAUAGUAUAAUUGGAAGUACAACUAAGUUGAGAAAGUUUUUCUAAAUCACCUGUUUCUGUUUGUGCAGCCCUAGACGCAUCUCCCCUGAUUGUAACUGACACAGCCUGCAUGAAACAAAGAUUUACCAUUCAGUCAGAUGUAACUUACUGUAGAAGUUUUAAUUACAUACAGGGUCUAGCAAGCUUUUAACAGAGCAGGAGAUAAGAAAUUCCUAAGUAAAUAGAAUUUGCAAUAAAGGAAGUGCAAACAUUAGAGCUCACUUUACAGGAAGUGUUUAGGGAGGCUGUGCACAUUACUUAGUUACUUGCAGGGAAGUGUAACUAGCACAAACAAAACGAUUUAACUCCUAAAUGGCAGAGAAUUGAGCAGUGAGACUUCAGGGGCAUGAUCUAUACACCAUACCUGCUUCAUUAAGCUAAAUUUAUUUUGGUGACUAUAGCGUCCCUUUAAAUUCAAAAUUCACUUUACAUUCUAGACCUUUCUCCCUUUAGCAAAUACAGAAAUAGCAGAAAAUAAUACUCCUUUUCAUCUAUAGUCAUAGUUUGAGUAUUAUUACCUAGAACCUAGAUAGUGCAUAUCUGUUCUCAUUCAAAUAAACCCAUGUGAACUUUUAAAAACUGAAGAAGGAAUUUUCUGUUGUUUUGGGCUAAAUAUCAGAUUUUGAAAACAUUUAGAAAAUAGCUUUUUUAGCUUAGUUAUUUUUUAUGUAUUUACUUAUAAAUCCACAUAAUAAGAAGAAUGAAUCCUUCUAUCAUCUGGGAUUUUAACUAAGGAAACUAUUAAAUAAAGUAGAAAUAGCCCUGUACCGAAGAGGGCAAAAGCCUUUCAGUGCUGUACAUGUAUUUGGACUACAAAAUCCAAACAUUGUUUUGUUUUUUGCAUUCUUUCUUUCUUUAUUUUUUUGUGCAAAGAAUAACAAGCAUACUUGUGUUGCCACAACAGCAUUGACAGGUAUUUAAUCUACAUACAUGGAUAUACUCUGCCAUGACAUGUGAAAAAAGUGCACAUUUUUAUAAGAAGGAGAGACUAAGUAAUAUGUCUAUACACUAUGCUUGAGAAAAAAAAAUGUAAUGCCUGCCUUUGUUAAAGGCCUGAGAGUUUUAACUAAGAAUUCUACAAUAUAACAUGCCUCUGGUAGAGUAUAAGAAAACAUGCUUAAUCACAUUUUGCAUGUGGUGAUCAGCAAGCUAGAGUUCCAUUAAUAGAAGUUGAUUGCAAACCAGGCAGGCAUAAGUUAGAGUAACAUGUCUAAGCUAAGAACAAAUUCUAGGGUGAGUGAAAGUGCUAUCUAGCUAGACAUCAUCCAUGACCUUAAAUUAAACUGCUGCAUAGUGAGCUAAAUUGUCAUGAGGAUCCAGUGUCAGCUAAUGCCCAGACUCGGGAAUCUAUGGGGGCUAGCUGUGAGGCGCCACAAGACAAGGGCUAAGCAUGGUAUUCCUCCAGCCCCAGGCCAUAACAAAGGCCUGCAUCUCGGAGCCAUGGACUCGGUUACUCAUGUAAGAGUCCAAAUCCCUCCCUGGUGGAGAACAGCUUAAGCCCCUGAUGGUCUGUUGCCGCCUGCAGCAAUAAGACCUCAGCUUCCAUGGUCUAUGCUUUGGGAAUUGAUCCCAGGUAGGCUAAAGUUGGGAGACUUGGGUGCUUGUCGGGAAGUUGCACUUAGAGGGGUCCAUUCAGCCUCCGACUCUCUCUGUUCCACUUUCUCUCCUGAUUGGUGAUGCCGCAAAAUGAGCCUACAAAUUUGCCCAGAACCUUUUAAAGAUUCCAUUCACGCGGGCCAGCAUUUGUUCAACUGUGUCAUGGUGGGCCUUUACGGGCUGUAUCGGCUUGCAGUCAUGAGAUAAGAGUGGGUUCGCCAUCUUGGGGGAAUCUUGUGCAGUGUCAGCUGCUUGCAAUUUGCAGGGGUAAGUGAGUGGAGCCAGUCAGUGGGGGACUGGUACAACCCCCACCGGUCUAAAGGGGGGGGGGACAGCUAUGUUCGGUGCCACACCACUAGAUAACGAAUCAGGAGAGUGGCCGCCUCUUCUCGGUUCAAUCUCGUGUAGGCCACAGACUUUGACUCGGGCGAUCUGGCUGCGGGAAGGCACAUGUAAGGAAUCCCCGGGUGCACUAACGUGCCAUGUACCAGGUGAGGGCAGAUUGCGGGCAGAACUUCCGAGUGACCCAGAAAUAUUCCCCGAUUUUGGUAGCCAGACGCACAAGCUCUAACAGAGCGCAUUUAGUAAGCACAACAUGCAGGCUCUGCCCAAAAUCCAGACAUUGUUCACACUAACAAUGUCUGGAUUUUGAAAAGCAGAUUCACAAUGUACCUGAAUUUAUUCUGGAUUUCACCCAAACUGAAAGUUGACAGCUGAAAUCUGGAACAGGAAGGUUAACAUAUGGUCCUCGAUGCUUACAAAUCAGGGCCGGGAGUUUAAAGAUCUGAACUAUUUGCCCGCUGGUAGCAGGCAAAAAGAAAACCUUGGCGGUGUUAGGGUUACGUUCUGUGGCAGGUGGCAUGCAUUUGCUAGUCCGCUUCUACAUAAAAAAAUAAAAUAAAAUAAAAACCUAUGGGGGUCAAUAUGACCCUCCUGUCAGUAUAAGGGGCAUAUCUACUAAACAAAGACCAGACAGAUGCUGCUCACUGUAACCAAACACUGGAAGCAGGUCAGAUAUUGUUUCCUAGUUACUAAAUCAUUACAGCUACACUAUAGGCACCCAGACCUCUUCAGCUCACUGAAGUAGUCUGGGUGCAGUGUUCCUUUUACACUUAGUGCUGCAAUGUUAAACAUUGCAGUUCCAGAGACGUUGCAAUGUUUAUAUUGCAGCUCUGAGUCUGCCUCCAGUGGCUGUCUGCCUCCAGGCGCUUCCUGCACCUAAACAAACCUCUGAUCCAGUAUCUGACGCUGGAUAUCCUCAUGCUGUGCAUGCGGACAUCCAGCGUCGGAUUUUUCCCCAUAUGAAAGCAUUGAUUAAUUUCUUUCCUAUGGGAAGGGCUAGCGCGUACACGGGCGGAGUGUCGACCCAGUGCCGAGGGACAUCAUUGCUGGGAUAAGGUAAGUAAAUAAAAGUUCUUAAUUAACCCUUAAUUUACAAGGGGACGAGGGAGGCAGGGGGUGUGAUUGUGACAGGAAUACAGCUUUCCUGGCACUAUAGCAUCCCUGUAAGUAGUGUGAACAAUGAACACAUUUUGGCGUCUGAAAUGCCCUGUAAAAAUAGCAAAGAUUGGCUUGGCCCUAUUCGGUAUACUUUACUUACAUAGACCUUUUAGUGAAUAACCCAUCCAAUUCAUCUGUUUUCACAUAAAAUAUGAAAUUAUCUUUGAAUUAUCAACAAUUCAUACAAAGCAAACAAUCGUUUGCUUCACAUUAGCUGCCAUUUUAAGUUUAUGCAAUAACACGUAUAUGUACAAAUUCCUAGAUUUUACUAUUAGCAUGAUGUAAAGUCAUGAUUUUAUUAAUGACACGGAGGCGAGUAUUAUGCUUCUCUUUAAUUUUCCCUCAGCAGCGAAGAGAGAAAUGAGUAUAAAAGAGAAAAUUAGCAUAUCAUUAACAUAUAUACAUAUUCAACAGUGCUACAUAAGGGAACCUCCCCCUUUCAGUAUAUAAGGUGUAGCACUCUCUUCCUCUUUCUGUAGCGAUCCGAAGACCAGUCAAAACCGAACAAGAACUCUGAACUAGAAACUGUAACCUCGGGAAGUUGUACAUCUCUUCCUAGGGGAAAGGUGGAGCCGACCUUGAAGCUCCUUUCAGUCCCUUUGACGUGUGGAAUCAGGCUAAAAGAGAGGAGAAAUAUGGUAAAAUCUCGAUUGAUAACUGGUUGCAACAUAUCCCAGCAUAUCUAUUGUCCUCUACGUCUGAGAGAAACUUCAACGUCAUAGCAUCCUGACAUAAAACUCGAUAGAUAACAAGUAGAACCAUAAUUCAAAAAACUAUUGUCGUCUACAUCUGAAAAGAAAUACAAUGUCACAACGCCUUACAGAUAACAUCAACCUAGGCUAGGCGUAUAGUACGAAAAAGUGGGGCCGGGGAGACCCGCCCUGGUAGUAUGAGGAUAAGUUCUGACUCGAUCUAGUCCUGUAUGGCUGCGAAAAUCCCACCACUUCCAACCCAGGGAGGGAGGGAAUAAUACUCGCCUCCGUGUCAUUAAUAAAAUCAUGACUUUACAUCAUGCUAAUAGUAAAAUCUAGGAAUUUUAUUAAAGACACGGAGGCUCCUAUUAUGCUAUUUUAAAGCUGAGCUAUAAUCUUAUCAGAAAAAUGUUGUAUAGGUCUAAAGUAAAAGUUCCGGAAAGUGGAUUCCGUAGGCCAAUCUGCAGCCUUCAAAAUGUCUUCCAAGCGACAUCCAGCCGCCGAUGCUUUUGAGGCCAUGGCGCCUCUGACGGAGUGGGAUGAGAAUACUGAGACAUCGAUCCCGGCCGUAGCUAGCAGCCAUUUGAUCCAACGUGCGAGUGUCGGGGUAGAUACAGGUAGAUGAGGUUUCUUCAGGGAGAUGAACAGGGGUCUGUCGUUGGACAGCCGUAGCGUAGAGGUGCGAGACUCGUAUUCCUUCAGGCAUGAUAUUGGGCAUAGGUUGGGUAAACUCGUGAUUCUCGGAUAGAAAACCUGUUUAGUAGCUGAUUUAGUUCUCCGUGAGAUAUCGAAUGACACUCCCUCCGGAGUGAACUUGCGGGCCCGCCUGUCCAAGGCUCUUACGUCCGAUACCCGUUUACAGGAUAAUAGGCAGAACAGCAUAAGUAGCUUUGCCGAUAGUUGUUUAAAGGACAGCUCUAUGUUAGAGGGCCAGUCAUCUAGGAGUCUGAACACGCAGUUGUUGUCCCAGAAGGAUCCAUAUCUGGAUGCAGGGGGACGUGAGAAGCGGACUCACUUGAGCAGGUGACAGACUAGAGGGUUUUGUCCGAGUGGGAGCCCGUCCACCUGGUCAUGUCCAGCUGAUAUAGUGGAACGGAAUACAUUGACCGUGCGGAAGGCCUUGCCUGAUUCGAAUAGGUGUGUCAGGAAGUCCAACACCGACUUCACAGGGGCUGAUACCGGAUCCAACGAUCGUUCCAAGCACCAAUUGGCCCACUGUCUCCAUGCCGCAGUAUAUGUGUGUCGUGUUCCAGGUGCCCAUGCAUUUGCCAGGAGUUGCAUAGUUGUGCUCGAAACCUCUGUGAUUUCCUAGGGUCCCCGGAAAGGAGCCAUGCCAUGAGGCGGAGAAGACCUUGUUCUACUAGGGAGUGGCUCUCCCCGUCCGGGUUGGUCAGCAGAGGUGGAUGGUCUGGGAGUAACCUUGGGUGGUCUAUCGCCAUCUCCAAUAGGUGUGGAAACCAAGGUUGGGAUCUCCAGCAUGGGGUUACCAGGACCAACGAGCUCUUGAAGCGUCGGAGGUGCGCUAGACAACGAGCUAUUAGAUUGAAAGUUGGGAAGGCGUAUGCCCUGCCCUUGGACCAAUCUUGGAGGAAUGCGUCGGUUGCUAUGGCCCCCGGGUCUGGUCGCCAGCUGCAGAACCUCGGUAGCUGUGUGUUUAGUCUGGACGCAAACAGGUCCAUGCUCAAAGGUCCCCAUAGGAGUGAGAUCUUGCGGAACACGCUCGGUUGAAGUUUCCAAUCUCCCGAGUCCCUCAAGUAGCGGGAGUUCCAAUCCGCUGUGUAAUUGUCCAGGCCUGGGAUGUGUUCCGCGGUAACGGACACACUGUUCUGUAAACAGUAAUUUCAGAAGUCUCGGGCCAAAACUGCUAGUAUGUGGGACUUGGUCCCCCUUAUAUGGUUUAUGUAUCACACCGCCGAGACAUUGUCCAGCUUGAGUAGGAUCGAGCAUGAGAUGCCUUUGGGUGAGAGACUGCGAAUGGCGAACGAGGCCGCCAGCAGUUCCAGAGAGUUUAUGUGUAAGAAGGACUCUUCCGUGGACCAUCUGCCUCCUGUGGAUAUAGAGCCACAGCGCGCGCCCCAGCCAUGUAAGCUGGCAUCCGACUCUAUCACCAGGUCCGGGGUGGAUCCGAAGAUCGCCCGGCCGCUCCAUGCCUCCAUGUGGGUUAGCCACCAGUUCAGUUCCUCCCUGGAUUCCAUGUCCAGGGUAACGUGAGAUUCGUACGAGUGGCCACUUCGUAGGCAGGUCGCUUUCAGGCGCUGUAACGCUCGGUAGUGGAGCGGGCCUGGGAAAAUCGCUUGGAUAGAGGCUGCCAACAGGCCAGUGACCCGUGCCAGUUGGCGUAGGGAUAUGUCUGGUCGGUGCAUAAGUCUCCUUAUCUCCUUUUUGAUGUUGUACAUCUUUUCCGCCGGGAGGCAUAGGAUCUGUAGAACGGAGUCGACUCGGAAUCCAAGGAAUUCCAUUUGUUUUGAGGGGAUUAGAACCGAUCUUCCAGUUUACAAGGAAGCCCAGGUUCUGGAUAAGAUGUAGGGUCCACUUUAAGUGAUCUAGCAGAAGGGACCGUGUCCCGGAGAGUAUGAGGAUGUCGUCCAGGUAGAUGAUGAGGCGGACUCCGUGUAGUCUGAGGAAGGCCACCACUGGUUUGAGUAUCUUCGUGAAACACCAGGGGGCGGAGGACAGACCGAAGGGAAGGCAUGUGAACCGCCACUUCUUGGUUCCCCAGCAGAACUGGAGUAGGUCUCUGUGUAUUGCCGCUAUCAGGACUGUCAGAUAUGCAUCCUGCAAGUCUAGUUUGACCAUCCAAUCUCCAGGAAGGAGCAGGUCUCUGAGGCAAUGUAUGCCUUCCAUUUUGAAGUGCCGGUAUUGGACCAAGGCAUUUAGGGGUCGUAGGUUUAUAACCGGGCGGACCCCGCCUCCUUUUUUUGGCGCUAAAAACAGGUUGCUCACAAAACCUGGGGUGUCUAGAGGGAUCUCCUCUAUGGCCUUCUUGGUCUGUAAUUCUCUGAUCUCCGCAGAGAUGAGAUCGAGGUGUGAUGUUGGCAUGUGGUUUGCCCUUGGGGGAGUGUCCUGAAUGGGGAAAGCUGUCAGCUCUAGGUGGUAACCCUCUACCGUCUGUAACACCCAACUGUCGGACGUGAUCAAAGUCCAAGCUCGAUAGAACAGGGCCAGUCUGCCCCCCACAUAUAUAUGGGAAGAAUGGGGAAAAAUGGUACUCACCAUAAGGGCGUUUUCCCGUGGGUGCUCCUCGACUGCCGCGGGUAUGCCAAGGCCGUCCUUGUGAGGGGAAGAACGGGGUGAAGGACCAUUCCUGGUUCGGCCUCUGAGGGUUGAAGGAGCCUCUUCCCGGUCUGGAAAAGCCCCGGGGGUUGCGGCCGGGUAGACGGCUCCUACCUCUACCGGCCCCGCCAAAAACCUUUGGGCUGAACACCCGUUUGAUGGAGAAUCGGGCUUUGUCCAAAGCCGUAAAGGUCUUGACGUAGGAGCCCAGGUCCUUUACGAAGGACUCUCCGAAUAGUAGGCCUUUUGCAGAGGCACCGGGUUCAUUGAGGGCCAUGCUCGCAAGCUUGGGCUCAAUCUUUAGCAGGAUGGCCUUCCUGCGCUCUGUCGACAUAGCCGUAUUGGCAUUGCCGAUCAUGCAUACCAGGCGUUGGAGCCAUCCGAACGCCACUUCAAAGUCUAAGGGUGCCCCGCUCGAUUGAGCUGUUUCAAGCAGUUCAUACAGCUUGGUGACUGGGCCCAGAGUGUUGAGGAACUUGUCCUGACAGUUGCGCAGCGAGUAGUCUAGGCCCUUUUAGGCUUCCAACCAGUCUUGGCCAGAAACUGCACAAUUUGUGGGUCAACUUCAGGGGUUUUUGCCACUGCAUCGGGUAUGAUAGGGCGGUUACGACCCUCUUGUGAGAGUUUGUUACGACCCUCUAGUGAGAGGGAUUUGCGGACUUUGAGGGCCAGGUAUUGAGCUAUGUGCUCAGCGGGCUCCCAUUCAGCGGAGCGAGGGUGUCUGAGAUUGUCUGGAUCAAAUGCCAGGGUAUCCUUAGCCUCACGGGUUGACUCUGUCUCAGGAGCCCCCGACUGUGCUUUGGCCUGAGCCGGUCUGGAAGGGAAUUGUGUUCCCGGGAGAUCCUCGUCUCCUGAGGUCUCGUCCUCGUAGGGAUCUGAGAACUGGUCAUCUGACCCUUCCUCCCCAUCCUCGUCUGAAUCAGACAAUAAAUCAUGGGCCCGUACCCGUUUCCACUCUCUGGCCGCCGUAGCCCGGCCAGUAGCUCUAUUGCGCGGUUGUUGCGCGCCAUCAUCAACAGCCUGAGGCGUGUCAAUCAAACCAGGCUUUACCUGGGCAUGGGGGGGUCAAUAACGUGUCCUGCAGUAGUCCCUUCAGGGGAAAUGGCAGACAGUCCUGGCCCAGAUUGGGCAGGGAGGGCCUGCCUAAGGGCCUGGGAGAUGGACUGUGAGAUACUGGAGGACAUAGCUCCCAUGGCAGAGGAGAUGGCCUUGCUAAUGGAGUUGGACAUAGUGGCGUCCAGGAGGCUUUGGAACUCUUCAGAGCCUAUGAGGCAAGGGUCAGCCUGGGAAACAGAGCCUGUGGUGCCCCUAGGGGGGAUAGGGUGGUCAGCUAAAUCACCACUGGCAGACUGCAUGAUGGCAGAGAAAAAGGCUAGAUAAAAGUUAUAGAGCAAGUGAGAAAAAGGUGCUGGAUUGCUUAAUCCAAGCACAGAACAGAGUUGCAGAGAGAAUACCCGGGUCCUGUGUGGAUAGCAGGGAGCAUGCAGCCUCCACGGAACAGACAAAACCGCAGAGUAAGGUGAUUUAAAAUGUCCGGCGACAAGAAACCAACAAAAUGGCCGCCGCGCAUGUUCCGCGCAUGCGCAGAGCGCGCACGCGGCGGAAAUGGAACUGGAAGUACCCGCCGGAGUGUGCAGCCGGCGGGGGCCGAAAAACGGCCAAGGGGGGUGGGGGGAACAUGGGCGGGACCCGGUACACACAGGGACCCGGUCAUAGGGGCCCAAGGCAACCCAAACGAUAGGGAAAUAGAGAGGGUCCUGAACCCACCCCAGCAACAAGGAAUAAAGUAUAGUAGGAGGAAUCUUACAAAGUUAAAAUGAAACAUAAACAAGCCCUGAAUAAAACAGGGGAUAGUCAAAGUAAAUACAAAUGACAGAUUUUUCAGCAAGUAAGGUAAUAAAGGUACUUAGCUGGUCUGAGGGAGCAGCGAAGGAAGAGGAAGAGAGUGCUACACCUUAUAUACUGAAAGGGGGAGGUUCCCUUAUGUAGCACUGUUGAAUAUGUAUAUAUAUUAAUGAUAUGCUAAUUUUCUCUUUUAUACUCAUUUCUCUCUUCGCUGCUGAGGGAAAAUUAAAGAAAGAGAAGCAUAAUAGGAGCCUCUGUGUCUUUAAUAAAAUCCCAUUUUUGUAUUCCACCCCCUGAGUAUAGUAACUCUUGUUGAUAAUUAACUUUUCUGGAAAGCUAUUUGGGAGAACAAGCAAUGAAUGGACUUUAGACUCAGACUGUCUAAAACUAAAUGUUUUCUGUGAAGUUGGUGUAUAUUCUGUGUGGAGAAUUUCAUGGUGAUGGGAUAAAGGAAACAGCAGAUCUGAAGAAAUCUCUAAGCAACUUUUCCUGCACUGCCACUUCUCUUGGGUAACUUCUAUGAAUCAGCUGAAUAUUUGGAGAAAUACUACAAUACAGUACUUCAGGUGAAUUUGGCAUUGCAGAUGUUGACGAAUUUAAUUUCCCAUGAUACGCCAUUCUUUACUGCCACAUUACUGAAUUGUUGUGUUAAAUUUUUUUUUGUUUUUUCUUAAUUAUUGUUGAAAAUGUAUUUAAAACUAAUCCACUUACCUCCAGGUCCAGAUUUCCUGUAGAGUAUAUUAAUGGGACGCUCUCAGCACCAGAACCAGUAUAGCUCAAUGUAGAGCGUUUGCUGUAAAUUGCUUUUUAUCAGUCUAUGUAAAAAGACCAAACAAAAUGUUUUUUCAGACCUUUACAUUUGUCCAUUAGGGCACCUAUAGUGACUGUCACAGAGCCUAUAGAGAGGCUUCCUAUUAAGGUGUAGGACUGACUUUCAGUGACUUCACACUCUGCAUGUAGAUGUCAUUGCUCCCCAGAGACGUGCAUUGAUAUAGUGCAUCUCUAUGAAGAGAUGCCAAAUGGCGCAGUACUGUGAUUGGCACUUUUGUCCUGUAGGCCAACUUUUUUAUGUUCGUGUUAUUGGGGCCCAUAAAUCUGAAAGGUCAAGAAAUAACUCUGUUAGAAAUACAUGUUAGAAUUUCCCUUUAACGAGCAGAGCCAUUUUUUUUUAAUUGUGUGGUAGUAGCAGAAAGCGGUCAUAGCCACAUCCACUAUUUGUAGUACUGCUUUUUAUUUGCAAAAACAUUUUAUUUUAUUUUUAUUUCUCUGCUAAGUUGGAAGGGGGCAUGUGUUGUCCAAAAAACAACCUUGGACAACACAUGCCCCCAAUCUGUUUCGAGCCAAGGCACUCUUCGAUAAGACUAAUAUUUCCAAGCAACACCUGUUUUCUUUUUAGUAUUGAUUAAUUGCAAGGUGAGAGUAACAAUUUUAAUAUUAAUACUUAUUCAAAAAUCAUUAACAAUUAAACUCUAAAGUCUGCAUUCAACCUAUUCGUAUCCUGAUUGCAACGUGCUCUUGACACCAGGGUACUAGUGACAUGUUGUAGUAGUUAUGGUGCUUCGUGUGUUCCUUUAAGAACUAAUUAACACUUUAUAUUAAAGAAACUAGUUUCGUACCUCCCAACAUUUCAAAUGGACAAAGAGGGACACUUUAAUUUUAGGGGUGUGAGUGGAGGUGUGACUAGGGGCGGGGCUGUUCUGAGAUGUUUUUAGUUGACUUACUAUUAACAAUUCAUGAAACUAAAAUAUAAUGUAUAACAUUAAAGGGUUACUCCAACCACCAUGACAAUUUGAGUGAUUUGAAGUGGUUGUGGUGGUCAGAGUCUGGAUGUGCAGUGCUUAAGCUUGAAGAUGUAUUUAAUUGUGUCCUGGGGCCUAUUUGCACCCCCAGCACACACAACCCUGUUCCAGGCUGCAUACUGUCAAUUCUGUGCAUUUUUUUUACCUCUGUCAUGCUGACAACAGACUUAAAAAUCUUCCCCUUGCAGACAGAGCACCUGUUAGUAGAAGAUUGCUUUCCCCUACUGCCUCCUUCAGCUAAUUGGAUAGGUUUUUUUUUGUUGUUUUUUUUUUAAUGGUAAUACCCCUCCCUUCCCCCACUCCCUCCAAUUGCUGGCUCAAACCUCAAACUGCAAGAUGAAACAGUCCAAUCACAGGCUAUUUGAGAAGCAUGUGAUUGGACCUCCCAAGGCUCCUGUGACAUUAGACGAGUGUGGAAGAUCAGCACCAGGAGCUUCGCCCGACGCCGGAUUGCAGGGAUAUAAAACUUAUUCUUAGAGGUUUUAUGGGAGGGGAACCUAAGAGUAAUGCCCUAUAGCAGCAUUUCCCAAACCACUCCUCAAGACCCACCAACAGUCCAGGCUUUGUUAGUAUCUCCAUUGGAAUAAAACCGGGAAAUAUAUAAAUCCUGGACUGUUGGUGGGCCAUGAGGAUUGGUUUUGGAACCACUGCCUUAUAGGGUUUCCAAUGAGAACUUUAUCUACAAAAAUGCAAUGGUAGAGUUCAAUGUCCUUGAUCUUAAAAGGGUCAUACUAUAUUAAAUCCAGAUUCUCUUUCCUUUGCUGCAGGAUUCUGCUUCAUGGCCAGAGUAUUACAAAUUCUGAGACUGAAACAUUCUCUGUUUUACCAAACGCACAGGACUAAAAUGGGUAGUGUGCCUCUGCAGGAGGAUGCCCGGAAGAUAUUUUGGGCUGCUGUGUCUGCUGUGUUGCCACCUCACAUGUUACAUAGGUCACUGAAAGUGACAGAUUGUGGAGACUCCUCUGUCCUUGAGUGUGGAGGGAUAGAGUUCUCUCUGAACAGGAAUCUGUACCUGGUGGGAUUCGGGAAGGCUGUGCUAGGAAUGGCAGCCUCAGUAGAGCAGAUUCUGGGAAAGCACCUUCUAGAGGGAGUGAUCAGCAUCCCACGUGGAAUGGAAGAAAGCCUAAAACAAGCUGGGAGAAGGUAUCUUCAGAGCACUUUAAUGGGUAUUUCUAUGCUACAGCCUACAUAAAAGGGUCCUGGUCUAGCACAAAACAUUUUACUAUGCUAGAAUUAUACAGUGAGGGAAAAAAGUAUUUGAUCCCCUGCUAAUUUUAAACGUUUGCUCACUGACAAAGAAACAAAGAAAACAAAAACCAGAAAAAUGCAUGUCAAAAAAGUUAUAAAUUGAUUUGCAUGUCAAUGAGUGAAAUAAGUAUUUGACCUCUAGAGUUAGUACUUGGUGGCAAAACUCUUGUUGGCAAUCACAGAGGUCAGACAUUUCUUGUAGUUGGUCACCAGGUUUGUACACAUCUGAGGUGGGAUUUUGUCCCACUCCUCUUUGCAGAUCCUCUCCAAGUCAUUAAGGUUUCGAGGCUGACGUUUGGCAACUCGAACCUUCAGCUCCUUCUACAGAUUUUCUUUGGGAUUAAGGUCUGGAAACUGACUAGGCCACUCCAGAACCUUAAUGUGCUUCUUCUUGAGCCACUCCUUUGUUACUUUGGCUGUGUGUUUUGGGUCAUUGUCAUGCUGUAAUACCCAUCCACGACCCAUUUUCAAUGCCCUGGCUGAGGGAAGGAGGUUCUCACCCAAGAUUUGACAGCACAUGGCCCUGUCCAUCGUCCUUUUGAUGCAGUGCAGUUGUCCUGUCCCUUUAGUCGAAAAACUCUCCCAAAGCGUAAUGUUUCCACUUCCAUGUUGACGAUGACGGUGGGGAUGGUGUUCUUUGGGUCAUACACAGCAUUCCUCCUCCUCCAAACACGGCGAGUUGAGUUGAUGCCAAAGAGCUCAAUUUUAGUCUCAUCUGACCACAACACUUUCACCCAGUUCUCCUCUGAAUCAUUCAGAUGUUCAUUGGCAAACUUCAGACGGGCCUGUACAUGUGCUUUCUUGAGCAGGGGGACCUUGCGGGCGCUGCAGGAUUUCAGUCCCUCAUGGUGCAGUGUGUUACCAAUUGUUUUCUUGGUGAUUAUGGUCCCAGCUGCCUUGAGAUCAUUAAGCAGAUCCUCCUGUGUAGCUCUGGGCUGAUUCCUCACCGUUGAUCAUGAUCAUUGAAACUCCACGAAGUGAGAUCUUGCAUGGAGCACCAGACCGAUGGGACUGACUGUUAUUUUGUGUUUUUUCAUUUUGUGAAUAAUCGCACCAACUGUUGUCACCGAGCUGCUUGGCAAUGGUCUUAUAGCCCAUUCCAGCCUUGUGUAGAUCUACAAUCUUGUCCCUGACAUCCUUGGACAACUCUUUGGUCUUGGCCAUGGUGGAGAGUUUGGAAUCUGAUUGAUUGCUUCUGUGAACAGGUGUCUUUUAUACAGGUAACAAGAUGAGAUUAGGAGCUCUCCCUGACAUGCAAAUCAAUUUAUAACUUUUUUGACAUGUGUUUUUCUGGUUUUUGUUUUUGUUAUUCUGUCUCUGACUGUUAAAAUAGACCUACUAUUAAAAUUAUAGACUGAUCAUUUCUUUGUCAGUGGGAAAAUGUUCAAAAUCAGCAGGGGAUCAAAUACUUUUUUUCCCUCACUGUGUAUAUAUUUAUAAAUUUAUUGAGGUGUUUUUUACCCAGAAAAGGAAAAAGUAACACUGGUGGUUCUUUACCUAAAGCCUUACAUGCUGAUGUAUAAAAUUUCUUCCUAUCUGUCUAUAAGUGUUCAUAGUAUGGGUGAAGGUUGAUUUUGACCUGUUUCCUACAGAGAGAUGCUGCUAUCUUCUGGGUCUUCAAUUCGAGUUAUGGAAGGUGCAGAACACAACAUGGCAGACGAGGCAGCACUGGAAGCUGCUGGUGAAAUACAGAGCCUUGCAAAGAAGCUGACGGAACGAGACAUCUUGCUUGUGCUUAUUUCAGGUAAGAGAGAGAAGAAGGAAAGAAAGGCCAGAGGGGUGGAAUUUGUGUUAUAUGUUAAUUGAAUUGAAGGUUCUGAGAAGAAGGAUGUUCAUGGAAAGAGCAGCGAAGAUGGCAAAAGGUGAGGAGUAUGGAAUAGGAGUAUUGGAAAUGGCAAGGGUACACAGAAGGGAAGAUGUCAAAUAAUGGAGGGGAGGGGAAUUCAUAUAAAGGGUUUAAUGCCUACAGUAGGUCACAGCCAUCAUGCAGUUCAACCCGUAACGAUUUUUUGUGUUCUAUAAUGUUUCAGCUAAUAUCCAGUACUAUUGUCCUUUCUUUUUCUUACUUGAUCAGGUGGUGGCUCUGCUCUCUUGCCAGCUCCCUUUCCUCCGCUUACACUUCAGGACAAGCAAACUAUAACCAAGCAGCUGGCAAUGAAAGGAGCGACCAUACAGGAACUUAACACUUUACGAAGAACUUUGUCUAAGCUCAAAGGAGGUGGCCUGGCCAUGGCAGCGUUCCCUGCACAGGUUAGUUAAUGCAUGUGCAAUUCACAGAGGCUACAUGCAACUAAAAUAGGAAUAAUGAUUAUUGCACAUCUGAAAUUGGCAACAUUUGUCCUCAGUAUAGCCUUUAUCAAAGCUAUGUGUAUUAUUUAUUUAUAUUACCCAUUCUUACUCCAUAUUCCUGGAAAGCUGAAGGAGAGGCCAUCUGGGCUACUAAAUAAAAAGAGAAAACAAGGGUAAACCUAAGGAUUAGACCAGUCGAGCUCAGGGCUUCCAGCUGUCAAUGGAGAAGGUGUCCAGUGAUCCCAGGUAAGUUGUCAAAGCCUUUGCAAAUGGUUUGACUACUUACAUUGGUUGGGCACCAUAUUAGAUGGUGCGACCAACAUUGCCAGAUCUUUUUGCCAUUACCAGUGUGGGUUAGGGUCUGAUUGGUAAAAGAACAUUGGAUCCUAUAAGUUAGAAACGUCUACCCAUAUUACUACUGACUUCAAAAUCUCAAUUGCGCAGUACACACCCAAACACUGUGGGCUCCAUUUUAACUCAUGCAACUGUCUCCAUUCGAGAAAUAUCAUAGGAGUCAUACCUUGAAUAAUGCGCCCACUAUAAAACAGGGGGUCUUUCUAGCAAGCUCAUAUAUCAAGCGUUGUUAUGACCCAUGCAGGCAUACACAAGAUCCAUAAGAAAAUCCUUAUAGCAUAAUAGGAGAGUCACCAGUAUACUUACAUAUAAGGAACAAAAUUAGGGAAAUCAAGCAGAAAAAAAAGCUGGCAAGCAGCUCCUAUCAUCUUACCGGCAUGGGAAUAGAUAAAAAAUAAAAUUACUGAUCAUUCGACCUACCUCCUUUUUAGAGAUUGACCGAUUAUCGCUUUUACCGAUAUUAUCGGCCGAUAUUCGGUAUUUUCAGGAAUAUCGUUAUUGGCCAAUAAAGAUACCGAUAUUGCCGAUAAUACAUACCAGGACCGCCGGGCCCAUGACAAGCCCGGCGGUCCUGUGGGGCCCUCAGCAAGCUGUUACUUACCUUCCCUUCAGCUCCCCUCUGUAAAUCUGGCUAGUCCCGCAGCCGUCAGAGCGUUGCCACGGGUUACCAUGGCAACGCUCUGUGCGGCACGCACACUGUGAGAUUUACACAGGGGAACUGAAAGGAGCUGCUGGGAAGGUAACAGCUUGCUGCGGGCCCCCACUGCACAGUCCAUGCCACAGGACCACCAGGAAUGUCAUAGCCCCCUCCCUGGCCAGGUAACAAGCAGGGAGGGGGGACAAAAAUUAAAAUAAAACAUAAAAAAUUAAAUUAAAUUAAAAUAACAAAUGCCCCCUCUCCCCCAUCUUACACAAAUUACAUCCUUUCAGAAACACACACACACACACACUCUGCAUUAUAUACACACACUACACAAACACACACACUGCAUUCAUUAUAUACACACACUACACAAACACUGCAUUCAUUAUAUACACACACUGCAUUCACUUUACGCACACUACAUUCACUAUACACACACACUACACAAACACACACUUUAAAUUCACUAUAUAUACACACUACACAAACACUCACUGCAUUCACUAUACACACUACACAAACACACCCUGCAUUCAUUAUAUACACACUACACAAAUACACACUGCAUCCACUACACAAACACACACAGCUCCCCUGUCUAAACACACUGCAUCCACUACAUGUGGCAUGUAAUAGUUUAUUUUUUCAAAAUGGUAAAUGUACAGAAUUUCGGCAAGUUAUCGGCUAUCGGCCUGAAAGUUCACAAAUUAUCAGUAUCUGUAUCGGCUCUAAAAAAAAAAUCAUUAUUUGUCGAUAUUAUGUCAAUGUAUGGCUCAACUAGUAUUCUUUAUAAAGUGACUCCAUAUCAUGUAUGUCUUAUAAAAAUUAGAUCUGUCCAGUCUGAUACACACAGUUAUUUUUGUUUUACUCUCUCUUCCUCACAGGUAGUCAGCCUCAUUCUGUCUGAUGUCAUUGGUGAUGACCUUGAUGUCAUUGCAAGUGGACCUACGGUUUACAGCUCUUACAGUGCAAAGGAAUGUCUGCGGAUAUUGGACAAAUACCACUUGAGAGGCUCAGCGCCUGGGACUGUAGAACAAGUUCUUCUCUCCAGACCUCCGACUCUAUUGAAUGACAAUUUCAACCAUGUCCACAACAUCCUGAUUGGCUCCAACCUCAUAGCCUUAGGUGAGGCACAGGAGGAAUCUACAAAGCUGGGUUAUCAUCCUUUACUCCUGUCCACAUCCAUUAGUGGUGAUGUCAAACAAGUCUCCUGCUUUUAUGGUCUCCUUGCCCGAGUGAUCUGCUCCAUUAUGACAAAUAGUCCAGAGCAACAGCAGUUGCAACAAGAAAUCCUAAGUCUAGUUGACAAGAUGACUAUUCCAGACCUCAAACUUGCUGAUUGGUUGCAAGAACUACAAACAUAUGGAGAUUUGGGAGCGGUUUGUGUUCUUUGUGGAGGAGAGAUAACUGUGUUGGUACAGGGAGAAGGAAAGGGUGGGAGGAACCAAGAACUAGCACUGAGGGUGGCUCAGGAAUGGCAUGAUACUCAGGAAGGCAUGAAGGAUUGUGAGGUUCUGUUCUUGAGUGGGGGUACCGAUGGGCAGGAUGGUCCUACAGAAGCAGCAGGUGCUUUCUCCUAUCCUGGGCUACUAAUGGAUGCUCAAGAAAAAGGAUUAAAUGUAGAACACUCUCUGAAUCACAGUGACUCUAAUGGUUUCUUCACUAGAUUCCAUGAUGGCAGAUACCUUCUGGUAACUGGACUUACAGGCACCAAUGUGAUGGAUGUGCAGGUGCUACUGAUACAGAAAAACAGGAGACAAUGAAAAUGAACUGUUCUUUCCCCACACACAAUGGAGAGACAAAAAAAAAUCACUAUAGGGUUAAUUCACUAAACAAGAAGCUGCAGUUUAUUGCCAACCAAUUUGCUAACUUAAGAUUUUUUACAAUAUUCGCUAUUUUGGCCUGCUGUUUACAAAAAGGCUGACAAUUCGGCACACCUCUUUGUUUUAUCUUUAUACCAUAUCAUUUCUGCAGUGCGUAAUUAUACGAGCAAUAAACAACUGCUACAUUUCUGUGCAUUGCCGUCUCCUGUUCAUACAACCUGCCUUGAAUUGCAGAUGUACGCAAAUGCCAGCAUAACGAAUGGGCAGGCAUACAUGUCAUAAUUAUGGGCUUUUCAUUUGUAUGAAUAAUGAAGUCUUGGAGGGUACCUUUUCGUAUUAAAUCAGUUGUUGCAGAUGUAUAAUAAUACUCAGAUUAUGCUGUAGUUCACAAUGGCCAGUGGUUUUGAGCCAGUGCACUCUUUUAUCUGCAGAAGUAAAGUAACUAGUCAAACAGUGCACACACACACAUGCUCUCUUCCAUGGUUUCUAGGUAAACAUCCUCUUCAC